GCUCAGGAUAGCUCAGGAUUCUGCUCUGUGAGCUCUUCUGCUCCAAGUGAAUGAGAAACCAUUCACAGCACAACCACCACUGUGUUGCAAACAGUAGGCUGCGCUGCCGUGUAUGCAGUUUCAGCCAGCUUUCAGCCCCACCUCAAAAGCGCAGAGGCAGCAAGCAAGACGAAGCCGAGCGGAAUGAUUGUUGCAAGUCAAUCACCAGCGUCGUCAUCUAUCUAUCAAUAAGCGAAGUGCCUUGUGUAGUUGGUGAUAGUGAAGGCAUCGUCUUUCCUUGUCAUUCAGCGUUUUGCAGCCCUUGUGCAGUUUUCUUGUAUUUGCAGAGCCUGAGGCGACAACAGCCCAUUUUGUUCAUAACCCGUUCGCCCAAUUCAUAAAAAAUUUCAACACCAACAGCCGAAGAAAGCAUAACACAGCCCACCAUGGAAUCAGCAUCAUCAACAGUAGUCAACGAUCCGCAACAGGCCGUCAAGUCGAGUUCCAACACGGCUCCCACCUGUGUGCAAUCGUCCGAGGAAUUCUCCAUAUCGGCCGAACUGACAAACGCAUCGGUCGAGGAUGGUCCCGCCCUUCAACUGUCCAACAUGGCCAUUGUAGACGAACGCAAAGCCGUGGAAGAACCAUCCAUGAGUUUUGACGAUGACCCCACGCCGAGCAGCAAAGUGCGGUUUGCCGCGGAAAUCACCGUCAUCAAGGAAGAAGACAUCGCCGUGGAACGCCCGAAGAAAAAGAAGAACAAAAAGAAUAAACGACGAGCCAGUACCGGAGGCGUGGGUGGCUUUGCGGGUGCAUCGGACGACGACAGCGACUAUGAGCCUACAGCGGACGAUAUUUGGUGGAGUCAACAGGAUCUAGAGUCUGUCGAAUUGAAUGCCAUGUAUAUGGUCAAGGAGAGUCAACAGUACCAGGAAGAAGUCAUUUGCACAGUCCUCUACAACAAGGCAUUCCUGUCCGCGACCAAUCUCGCCAAGAGCAUUACCGAAGAGGAAGUCGACGAACGAAUGAAAGACGUCCAUGACCAUUCCAACACACUCGAAAAGUGGACCGAUGUAGGCAACUCACGUCGUGGAUUGGAAAACAUGAUUUCCGAAAAGGUCGUCGAAAACGCCGUGGCGUCGCGCUGUGCAGUCUUGUUAUUGCAACGGGAACUUCGCGAAGCAGCUUCUCUUACUGCCGAGUCUCUUGCCAAGUGCAGUCAAGAUGCGACUCGUAACGCUCGCAUCAUGGCGCGCAUGAUGGGACAAGCCGAUGCCGAUGCGUUGGCCAAAGCCAAUGCACAGGCCGCCGAAUCCAUUCGUCUCCCAGAACCACCGGGCCGAUACUCGGGAGACCACGAACGCACCAGUGAAGAUGGAGAACAACCGGUCAGUGGUCGAGCGGCUCGUCGCAGUAAGCGAGGAUCGAUUAUUGCGCCAUUGAAAAAGGCAGUGGGCAACGUCUUUCGAAGACAGGGAUCCAGGGAGGUCAACAUGAGGCGAAUAAGAAAAAUCCAAGAAAAGAGAAUGAAGGAAGAACAAGAGCAAGAGCAACCCAAGAGACCAUCCGAGGAAUUCCGACGGUCCUUUCUGGAUUCACUAGACUACGGCGAGCAAUAGAUAGGUGAACGCACCGAAUCAAUUGAAUCAUUAUAAAGAAUUAGUUAUACUAC